CUCAAGUCCACUCAUCAGUCCAACAGUUGGUUUUAAUUAAAAAAACUAGCAGUAGAAUAUUACAUAGGGCUAAAGACUGCACUCUUUUUUCCAACUAUGCACAAAAUUUCUAUUGCUACUAGUACAGUAAUGCACGAAAAUACUGUUGCCGUCUCCGGCUCCAACUCCACCGCCGCAGACGCCGUGGACGACGGCGCCGACAAUUCAACCCUUACACCACCAUUACCGAGACGUAUUGUUUUCCGACUACUCUGUCACGCUUCACGCGUCGGAGGAGUUAUCGGAAAGUCAGGUUCAAUUAUCAGACAACUUCAACAAGAUACUUCCGCUAAAAUUCACGUUGAUGUUUCCACAAACUCCGACCACCACCGCCUCAUAGUUGUUGUAGCCUCCGCUUUGUUAAACAAGAGGAUAAGGCUAUUGGGACCAAAUGAAGAAUGUGAUGAAAUUGAAGUUUCGGCGGCACAGGAAGCACUUGUUAAGGUUUUUGAGAGGGUAAUAGAAGUAACUGCGGAAAAUAAUGGAGUAGUUUUGGGAGCGGAGAAUGUUGUGUCGUGUAGGUUAUUAGUGAAGGGGAAUCAAGUAGGGGCGUUGAUGGGUAAAGGUGGGAAAGUAAUUGAUACAAUAAGGAGGGAAAAUGGAUGUAGGAUUAAGGUAUUAACUUCAGGAAAAAUGCCAAGUUGUGCUUCACCCAAUGAUGAAAUUGUCGAGAUAGAAGGGGAUAUUCUGGCUGUCAAGAAAGGACUUGUCGCUGUCAGUCGCCGUCUUCAAGAUUGUUUCUCUGUUGAUAGGAAUAGAACGGCUGAGAAUCCAUCACUUGAGUUAGAUUCAGAGCAGACUUUGCCUCCUCAACCUGUUGAUCUACCUGGACAAAGGAGUUCAAUGCCACAGCCAAUAAGCACAAGCUCUUUCUCAGGUGCCUCUGGAUGCCAUCCUGUGUCACUAGAUGCUGACAAGUUUUCCAGCAUUGAUUCAAAAAUGCCAUUACAAGAGGUUGCUUUCAGGGUUCUCUGCCCAAAUGAUAAGGUAGGGGCUAUAAUUGGCAAGGGUGGAGCAAUUGUUAAGGCUCUUCAGAAUGACAGCGGAGCAAGCAUUGCUGUUGGGCCCAAUGUUGCUGAGUGCAAUGAGAGAAUGAUAAGUGUUACUGCAUUAGAGAAUCUAGAAUUACGGAAAUCUCCAGCACAAAUCGCUGUUGUUCUUGUUUUUGAGCGGAUUCUGGACGCUGGCUCUGGGAUGAAUUUGGGCACAAGAUCAUUAAUUACAUUUCGACUUGUGGUGGCAAAUAGCCAAGUUGGUUGUUUAUUGGGAAAGGGAGGUGCAAUAAUUUCAGAUAUCAGGAAGGAGACUGGUACCAGCAUACGAAUAUUUAGAGGUGACCAAGUUCCUAGGUGUGUCUCAGUCAAUGAUGAAGUUGUACAGAUUGCAGGUGAGUUUGUAAAUGUGCAAGAUGCUUUACGAAAUGUCACUGGUCGGUUGCGUGAUAAUCUCUUGGCAGCGAAGGUGUCCAAUGGUGUCUGCAGAAACAACUCCUUGGCAUCUGAAAGUAGUCCCUCUGGCCAAAUGAAGGAACCUCCUUUUGGAUUUCAUCGGUCUGGUGGUGUCACACAUGCCAUGAAUCAGCAUCCUGACUUAACGCGGUCUAUUGAUAACCUUGUACUUUCCAACAAGACAGAUCAUCCCCCAUCAUCAGGGCUGUGGUCAUCACAGACACGACCCGGAGCAAAUCAAAGAGGUGCUUUUGAUGUCAGCAAAGGAUCUAAUUCAGUUAAAGGCGGCAUAGAACUGGGAAGUGGAAGCAGAUCUGCCAUUGUGACCAAUACUACUGUGGAGAUCAUGGUUCCUGAAAACAUUGUCAGCUGUGUGUAUGGGGAGAACAAGAGCAACUUGACUCGUUUAAGACAGAUUUCCGGAGCAAGGGUUGUGGUACACGAGCCCCGUCCUGGAGCAGGUGACAGGAUUAUUGUGAUCUCUGGGACACCAGAUGAAACCCAGGCAGCUCAGAGCCUCCUUCAGGCCUUCAUACUAGCUGAAUCACCCUAAACUACUUAUCAAAGAGAUCCCAAUUUUGUAUACUGAACUAGUACAGUUAGAUCUCUAUCGACAGCUAAUGUCACUUUUGUAGGUUUUGUAUACUAUGUCAUGGGAUGACUCUUGGCGUUCUUUUGUUUUUUGGAUAGGACAUUGGCAUUACUUUUUGGUCUCUCGGGACUACGUUAGGAAAUAAGAAAUAUUUUGUUAGAUCCAAUUGACUAUGCCGUUGUAAUGCUCACUAAGGAUUCAUAUAAUAGUUUGUCUUUCCAUAUUAAAUUUUGAUUUCAUUU